AUGUCCACCGUAGCUAAGGGCGAAGUUGAGGACGAUGUGUCGCCAUUUGAGCAGCAAACCCCGGAUUCUUUACGAGCACGAGCACUUUCUCCACACUUGCACGACCUUCUCAGCACGAGCGAUGAGCAAGACUUGAGCGCAGAUAGCAAAGAUGACUACUUCUCCCAGCACAAACCCUCCAAGCGAUCUACAUCUGGCACUUCGUCUAUUUCAUCCUUUCCGGCCUCGGUGAUACACAAUACGCUCCUUACGGAUAACGAGGAUGUACCCUCUCACACAAAUGCCCGAAUGCAAACGUUCACUCGCGCCAAUUCAUCUCCUGGAGGUGGUCAUCUCUCCGCCUUUCGUCAUUCGAGUAGUGUUCGAGCUUUACAGCUAGAAUCAGAAUAUGCAGACUCAGACGCGCUUAGCUCAAGAGACAGUCCAGGAGUACGAAAGAGUCCUUACUAUAGAGUAGGAAGUCCGGGUUCUAUCCACUACUCCCCUACGAAGCGAUCUUCUCGUCCUGCAACACCGAGGCAGCAAAGCACAACAAAAUUGAAGAAAGAGUUUCCCUUGGUACUGCUGCAUUGCAGUCUUCUGCCUCCAGCUUUCGCUACGGACGGUCCUUCGGUAUCUGACGAGAUCCUUGAGGCGGUGCUCCCAGAAGAGUACAGGAAAAGGUGGAAGAUACUGCAAGACAAAGUAGCCAAAAACACGGCGAUAUGUCAGAGAGGAGUACUGAUAUCUCAUCCUCGGGAGGACUAUGAUCUGCUUGAAGAGAGGCUCCUCGAAACACUUGAGCUUGAGAGACCAAGGAUAAGAAAAGGACACUACUUAGGCAGCAGAAAGAGUGGCGGGAGUGACAGUGGUUUCGAAAGCUCAAGCCAAAAUGGUACAGACGAGGGCUCAGACGGAGACCUUCCUCGGGAGGACGAGCCAGGUGAAAAGUGUCCCGAUUGUGGCAAGGCAGUAAGCUGCAAAGCAGAUCAAGAACGACGAUGGAGGGUAAAAGUCUUCGCAGCCAACGGCCUCAUGCGAGGAGAUGCAUGGGCAGCAGCUUGGUCAGAGAUGGAGAAGGUGGAUGUUGAGAUUGACGUCUGGAUGCCUGACGAUGUGAGGAAUCAAGUUGAAGAACGGCUGAAAGCACUACAUGCGAAAAAGGAGGCUGAAAAGCCCGUGGAAGAGCCAAUUGAGGUUAAAAAGAAGAGCAGAAAAGUCAGGAGCGUCACUGCAAAACUAAGGCACGACGAACGUAUGCGAGAGAUAUAUGGGGAGACUCCUAGUAUGCCAUCGCAGCAAGAGAUCGAUGGACUCGUCAAUGAAGAACCGGUUGUUACACCCUCGACUGCACGCAAUGAGGCAAGUGAUCACAACAAUCAGUCCACGCAACACACUCAUCCGUCGACUGCCCGUAUCAGUAGUGAAGAUGCCACUCGGUUUCAGGUGGAUCCACAGGAGAGCUUCGCCAGACUCAUGCAACGACAUCUGCAAACAAUCUGGAACGACCAGAAAAAUCUUGUCAUCGUGUUUUUGAGCGUGCUGGUGUUGGUCUUUUCGAUUCAGAAUACGAAGAAGGACAAUGCAUUAUCGCAAGCAACAAAGCCGUCUAUUUCCGUGGCACCUUCAGAGGCGACGAUGUCGCCUGAGCCGCCAAAUCUAUCCUAUGUCACCACCACAGUCUUCGCUACGCCUUCUGGGGAUCCUAAUGCCUCAUUUAUGACGUACUCGAGCGAGAAGGGGUCGAGAAUGGACAAUGACCGAUCGGAGCCUGUAGCGCUGCCAACGGAUGAAGUUGACUCGCAUUUCGAAGCAGCAACUCCAGCGCUCGAGUUUCUGACGGCCGAUGAGCUGGAGAAGGUCACGGAGUUGUUCGAACCUGACUCAGAAUCCACACGACUCUCCUCUCAAGUUGAGUCGGUGAACGUUGAUUUGGAGGCUUUUCCAGGACUAAACAAAAAGGAGUCGACAGAGGUGGUAGUUGAGUCUCCUACCGACGUUCUUCUUCGAGAACGAGCAGAGAUACCAAUCCCUGCCGAGUCUCCUACGGAUUCCAUCUCACUGGCUGCCGAAUUACUGCCUAUCUCCGCCCUUCGAUCUGACGAAGUUUCACCCGCUUCAUGCCUUAGCAUCGACCUUGGUGAACGCGAUAGUGCUAGCAUUGAGCAAGAAAUGAGUGACGGAGGAUCAAGCCCGAAAGCCGAAUCAUGA